CGAGUAGUACAUGUUUGCAAAACAGCACUGUUUGUGCAAUGGAGGCUUCUCUGGUGAUUUUAUUUCUCACACUCCUUUCAUAUUCCUUCUGUGCCACUUCGUUGUCACAGUCUCCACUAGCUGUAACGGUGGUACCAGGAGAGACAGUGACUAUAUCCUGUAUUGUGGAAGGUGAUAAGAAUGAACUGAUGAAUCUGCAUUGGUACAGACAAACUGCUACUGGGGUGCAGUAUUUCCCAACUGAUUCUCAUAUCACAGCUAAUCGUUUUGUGCCUUCCCAGCACUCCUCCAUCAGCAAUCUCCACUUUUUGACCAUCACAAGCAUCACGGAUAUGGAUAAGGGUACAUAUUAUUGUGCCCUUUCACAUCCUGUGCGUGGCAGCCUUGUGGACUUUGUCCAAGGAGAGGGCUCAUCGGUCCAUGUGGAAGCUGCAGCAGAGAGGGCUAGUAAUAUGGAUGCUCAUGCAGACAGACUGGCAUGGAUGUGCCAACAGGCUGAAAAGCCUGAAUCAGCACCCACUAUACAGCUUCAUCAUCCUUCAAAACGUGAUUUAUCCUCUGGGAAUAUAGAAAUCAUUUGCAUUAUUAAUGGUUUUGAACAUACUCAUAUAUUUUGGACUGUAGAUGAUGAGGCACCACCUGUAGGUGUAUCAGCAGCUCCUCCUACACUGGAGAAGGAACUUGCCUACACAAAGAUUUUCAUCCCAGUUGAUCUAUUGGCUUCAUAUGACAUCUUUACUUGUACUAUCAAGCGAUACCAUAAUUCAAAAAUACCAUAAUUCCACAAAUAUUUAAAGGUUAAAAGGAAUUACAUUUUCCUCAUGAGCUUGUUUACUAAUGAGUAAUUUACAUACCUUGUUUAUUAGUUGUAUUUAAUCAUAUAAAUGCUUCUAUUCAUGAUGUGAUGUGCAGUUUAAAAAUCUGUUCAUGUUAAUCAUUAAAGUGUUACCAGCAUGUUAAAUUCUAAGUUUUAGAUUCUGGCAGUGAGAUAGUAGAAAUGAUAUGUUAAUGCAUUCUUAAUAUUUAAUCUAUUAUUAAACCAGAUGGUGUAUUAUGUAUUUGUUAUUGAACUGUUCACCACUCUUACUUUAAAAUGAUAAAUAAAAUGCCAUAAAAUACCA